UCACUGUCCACCCCACCUUCCACCCCCCACACUCCAACCCUAAAUUGUUGAUCCAAAUCAACCAUAUUCCAAUUUCCACAAAAAUCCCCAAUUGCCAUGUCUCUCUUUCUCAAACAAAUCCUCCUCUUUUCUCUUCCCCUAAUUUUCCUCUUUUGUCUCCUCCUCCCACUUCACCAUUUCCAUAGCCAUACCCAUACCCAAACUCAUUUUCCUCACAACCCCACUUUCUCAAACCCCUAUUCACCACCACCAAGAAUAGCUUACUUCAUCACUGGUACUAAAAAUGAUGGACCAAGAAUCUUUAGGCUACUUCAAGCUGUGUACCAUCCAAGAAACUGCUAUUUACUUCAUCUUGAUCAAUUUGCUUCACCAAAACAGAGACUUCAGCUUGCUUUGCAAGUGAGUUCUGUUGAUGUGCUUGUUGCAGCUGAAAAUGUGAAUGUUAUUGAGAAAGCUGAUGCUGUUAAUGAAGAAGGGUCUUCUCCUUUGGGUUUGGUGCUUCAUGGUGCUGCUGUUUUGUUGAAGUGGAAGAAGGAUUGGGAUUGGUUUGUGAAUCUUGAUGCCUCUGAUUAUCCCAUCAUUCCCCAAGAUGAUUUUCUCCACAUCCUGUCUUUUAUUCCGAGGAAUUUGAAUUUCAUAGAAUAUAAUAAGAACAUCAGCCCAGAGGAAUAUCAAAAGGCUCUGGAAGUUAUCGUUGACUCUAGACUCUACAUUCUCUUAAAAGGAAAAAUGUUUGUGGGUGACAGAAAACGGGCACUUCCUAGUGCUUUUAAAUUUUUUAUGGGUUCUCAACAUGUAAUUCUAAACAGGAAGUUUGUUGAGUACUCGAUCCAGGGAUGGGAAAAUUUGCCAAGAUUGCUCCUUCUAUACUUCUCGAACACUAGAUCUUCUCAUAAAGGAUAUUUUCAGACUCUUGCUUGCAAUACUAAGGAGUUUUCAGAUGCUAUCAUUAACUCCAACUUGCGAUUCAUUAACUCGGACAACACUGCUCGAGAUCCUUCAAACUUCAGAGCUCCAAAUUCUGAUAGAAUACUUAAAAGGGAGGUUGCAUUUGUUGGAAACAUAUCAGCGGAUUCUCCCUUAUUGGACAUGAUUGAUGCACACAUUCUUCACCGUGGUCACGGUAUGGUCUCACCAGGAGGGUGGUGUUUAGGUAGCUCAAAUUGGUUCAGUGAUCCUUGCGGAGAAUGGGGCGAUCCCAGUGUCCUAAGACCGGGGCCAGCUGCAAAAGAACUUGAAAAGUUCCUCAUGAAAUCGAUCAAAGACAUGUCAAUCAAGUCGAGCAGAUGUGACCGUCAAUGAUCACUUAUGGUUCCUACUAACUUCCACUCUUCUUUCUUUCUUUCCUCAUACCGGUAUCAAAGGAUUCUGUGAUUUUGUCAAGUUUCUACGUAUUGGAUAUUGCUGCAGAAUGGCAGUUAUUGGAAAUCAGUGCUUCUGCCUUAGCCUUGGAGAACAGAAAUGUUGAGGUGCACGCAAGCUGUCUCAAACACCAAGAGUCAUCGAUAAAAGAAAAACUAGGGGAUUCUUCUCAGGUAUGUAAUGUAGUUGGUACCCGAUGGAAUAGUCCAGGGGCGUACAAGCCUGUUAUAGAAAAAAUGUGUGCUAGUGUGGUGCAGGUAAUGGAUUUUCACCCAGAAGUGUGGUGAAUAUUGCGAAUCGAACGAUUCUUGUAUCCAUGUGCUAAAAUUGCUGCUACUGUUAAAGUUAAAUAUCAUGCAUGUUAGAAGAAGCUCAUCAAAUUUGAAAAAACUCAUAUUCAUAAACUAACCAAAAAAACAUUAAGAAGGGGAAAAAAAAAACCUCAUACUCAUUCUGUGUCUUUUUUCUUGGCUAUUUCUUGCAAACUAUAUUCAAAAGUAUUGCAAGUUUGACCAAAACAGAACAUACUUGCAUCACUUGUCUUUAGCAUUAUUUGUUUCUUAUUUAUUUGAUAAAAUUUCAAGAGAUUUUAUUCACAUUUUCAAUGAUGUAUGACUUGUUGCCUUGUCUUAAACUAACAAUUUGUGACUAAAGUAUAAAUCUUUUCUUUACCGUAUUAUCUCUCAUUAAUUUAACCCAUAUGUCUACAACAACAACAUAUCCACUGCAAAGUGGGUAGUGAAUCUGGGGAAGUUAUGAUGUGCGUAAACUUUAUUCCUAUUUUUGUGAAUUAGAAAAGUUCUUUUCAUAGACCUUUGACUCAAAAGAAAAGUUUUUGAAACAAAAUUGCAAGAAGUAACGAAGUAAUCCGCAAUAAAAAAUAAAGGAUUAUGAGUACGACCAAACAAGCUCUUAACGCCUUGUUUGGAUGGUUGUUACCCAUUGUAUUUUAUUGUAUUGUAUUGUAUCGCAUUGUUAGUUUAAAUGUAAUGUUUGUCUUGAUUGUUACUUAAGUUUAAUGGUAUCGUAUUGUUUAAAUUUAUCGUUAGAUUA